AUGACCAAGAGCAACCUAUCCAAGGACACCCUGCUUAUUGCCUACAUCUCUAUUGAAGCCCUAAUAGCAGUGAUCGCCACCUUGGGAAAUGCUCUGGUAAUCUGGGUAGUGAGACUGAUCCCAGCUAACCAGAACACUACUUUUUACUUCAUUAUGUCUCUGGCCCUGGCUGAUAUUGCUGUCGGCAUUCUUGUUAUUCCAUUGGCCAUCGUAGUGAGCUUGGGGAUUACAAUGCACUUCUAUGCUUGCCUCCUCGUUUGCAGCCUGCUGAUGGUUUUUUCUCAUGCAUCCAUCAUGUCCUUGAUGGCUAUAGCAAUUGAUCGGUAUUUGAGAGUAAAGUUUCCCACACAGUACAGAAUAAUUGUGACACGGAGGAGAAUCUGGAUGGCUCUGGGAACUUGCUGGUUAAUCUCUUUCUUGGUGGGUCUUGUGCCCAUGUUUGGGUGGAACCUCAGGAACCCACAAACCCCCAGCUACUUGGAAUGCUAUUAUCAGAAUGUGAUGAACACAGAUUAUGUGGUGUACUUCAGCUUCUUUUCCUGGAUCCUUGUUCCACUGCUGAUCAUGUGCAUCCUGUACACAGAGGUCUUCCGCGUCAUCAAAACACAGCUGAAGCAAAACACAACGUCCAUCAAAGGAACAAGAAUAUUUUACAGAAGGGAAUUUAGAACAGCCAAGUCUUUGGCGCUCGUCCUCUUCCUGUUCGUUGUGUGUUGGCUGCCAUUGUGCAUUCUGAACUCCAUCUCCUGUUUCUGCCAGACAUGUAGAAUACCUCCAGCGCUGUUAUAUGUAGGCAUUCUGCUCUCUCAUGCCAAUUCAGCCAUGAAUCCCAUUGUUUACGCCCUCAGGAUCAACAAGUUCAGAAAAACUUACAUCCUGAUUUUGAAAACUUACAUCUUGUGCAUGAAACAAGAGCCAGAUAUGCCUAAAACUGAGAAUUCAUCAACAGAUCAGUUGUCAGAGGAUAAUCUCUGA